AUGCUAUCAAGAGUAUUGAAGAAAGUGGAGUCAACCGAUUCCUUUUGCAAAGAAACAAGAGAUGAAAUGAAAAUCUUGGGGCAAGUUGUAGGUUCUCACUCAACUUUAAUCAAGCAAUUAGAAUCACAACUUGGAAAAAUCUCGGCUACUCUCAAUCAAAGACAAAAGGGCACACUCCCUAGUGAUACGAUUGCAAACCCAAAUAAUUAUAGUGAUCAUAAAUGCCAUAAAAUCACUACUAGGAGUGGCAAGACAAUUGAGGGAGAGACAUUGGUGAAAGAAAAUUUCGUUAUUGAUGAUGAGAAACUUGUUGAAGAACCCAUGGUUGUUGAAGAAGAAGUGACUUCAAAGAAGAAGAGAGUUAGUAUUGAAAACCCUAUUAUUAUUGAAGAAGUGCCAGAAAAUGAAGAAGCUUCAAAAGGCAAGGAAGCGGCAGAUGGGGUACCAAGCGUUUUACCGCCCGUUCCAAAUCCUCCUCCUCUAUUUCCUCAACGAUUGGCUAAGAAAGCUGAUGAUGGUAAGUUUCUCAAGUUUAUCGAGAAAUUGAAAGAACUUUCAAUCAACAUCCCUUUGGUGGAAGCACUUGAACAAAUGCCCGGCUCUAUUGUGACAAAAACCUUGGUUCAAAAUAAUGACGAUCCGGGAGCUUUCACGAUUCCUUGCACUAUUGGGAUGUACAAAUUUGUAAAGGCCUUAGGUGAUCUUGGAGCAAGCAUCAACUUGAUACCACUUGCUAUCUUUAACAAGUUGGGUUUGGGCACUCCUCGACCUACAACAAUGUGGUUGCUAAUGGCGGAUAGAACUGUGAAGAAUCCGGUAGGUAUCCUUUAUGAUGUGCUUGUGAGAGUUGAUCGAUUUAUUUUUUCGGCCGAAUUUGUGAUUUUGGAUCCUGAACUUGAUUUCAAGUUUCCCAUAAUCUUGGGACGACCUUUCUUGGCUACGGGGCUUGCUUUGGUAGAUGUGGAAAGGGGUGACCUAAAAUUUAGAACGAAUUAUGAAGAGAUCACCUUCCAUAUUUGUAAAUCGAUGAAGCAACCAUCGGACAUGAGUGUAGUGUCGGUUGUUGAACAAUUGAUGAGGCUAUGGAGUUAA